CGAUCGAGAAGGAGAGAGACAACAGUCACAGACACAGAGAGAUGGCGAGAGAGAAGAAGACGUGUGUAGAGUGUGGGCACAAGGUUAAAUCUUUGUUCAUACAAUACUCUCCUGGAAAUUUUCGUCUCAUGAAAUGCGAGAAUUGCGAAGAAGUAGCAGACGAAUAUGUCGAGUGUGAGCUAUUGAUUAUUUUCAUCGACUUGAUUCUUCACAAAACAAAGGCUUAUAGACACUUACUCUACAAUGUUGUUAAUCAAGAAUCUGCAAAUGUUCAGCAUCUAUUAUGGAAAUUGGUCUUGGCUUAUCUUCUUCUAGAUACUUAUAGAAGCUUGCUACUGAGAAGAACCAAUGACGGAUCAAAUGUGUCUAUGAGCUUUCUUUUUGAAUCUCUAGAGGUUCUGGUCAAUGUACUAUCUGCGAAUUUCGCAUUUGUUUUCUCAUUUGCAUUUGCUGCUAAGUUGAUGCUGGUUAUGCCAAGAGGGAAAGAGAUUCUUUUAACGAUCUUAAUCUCGAGUUACGUCAAGAUCUUUCUAUUUGCUAUGCCGGUAUGUUUCGUAAUCAUUCCUCAGAAUCUUUUCUAUAAUGGACAUAGCUUCUUCUUGCUUACAUGCUAAGCUCCUAAACCGAUGAUGAUACCGAAGUAGAUAUAGGUCUGUAAAUGCUAAAAUGUGAUGUCUUUAAUAAAACUCUGGUUACAGGUCUGGGAAUUCCCAGUUUCUGUGAUCUUCAUCGUAGAUAUGCUCGUUUUAACCUCAAACGCAGUUGCUCUUAAAGGUCAGAAUCUUUGAAUCUGCCUUAGGUUGUGCAUAGAUUUAUCAAUCUUAUACCUGACAUGCUGUUUCGUUUUUGUUUAUUUACUCAUGAUUUUACUAGUGAUGACUGAAUCAGCAACGAGCAGAUGCUUAGCAGUGUGUUUCAUUGCACACUCAAUUAGAUUCUUGGUGGAUCAGAUCUCUGGACACUUAGGAUCUGUCAUGUAAUCUUCUCUUGCAAGGAACUUGUGAUCUCAUAAUAUUUUUUUUAGGGUCGUUAAACUCUCUUGUCUAAAUCACUUGUGAUAAUAUGUUUAGAAAAAUAAAUGUAGUAUCUUGAUAUAAUUUUUGUUCAAUCCAACUCCUUUUGGGUGAUUCAGCAACUCUGUUACAAUGAAAAUGAUAUAACAAACCCCUAAAAAUGCAGUAACUUUGGAC